AUGGUUAGCAAUAGAUCGUUUAGAAGCAUCCCGAAAUUACAUUCUAUCGCGACAUCUGCUAUCGACGUCCGUCGUGCCCACGGUAUCUAUCUACCUCUCUCAGUAAGCAAAACACGAGCGUUCGAUGAGGAAUCCGCUUUCAAGCGGGGAUGCUGGAGAGGACGCUUCCAUGAGCCCAAGGAUGGGACUUGCGUUGUGUGGUGGAUUGGGGCUUCGUUUGGAGAGGGUUGUGAUACACUCAAUAGGGCGUAUCCUCUUUCGGAAGAGGGCCGUCUUGACCUUCGGCUCCGACAGCUUCGAAUAAUGGCGAUUCGUCCGGCCGGCUGGCCCACUCCCAAAUGUCUUGAACCGAUCUUGACGGGGCCGGCCGGGCAUCAUCCUGCAACAUUGGCGGCCGGCGACGCAGGUUCGGUCAACACAACUCCCGGCAGCCGCCCCUGUUUGGUCCAACGAAACUUGACGCAGCAUCCCGCGGAUUUACGGACUUUCGGGUUUCUGUACCCCGCCGGCAACAUGCCGACGAUGCACGCCGCGAUGGCAGCUCAUUCGGCACUUGAAUUGAAGGAAAAGGAUGCAGCUCCAGCCUUGGCACGCCGGGCUUGUCGGGAUUAUCUUGAGAAACAUCCUAGUGCAAGCCAGGACUUUCUCCAAACGCCACGACCCCCGAACCGCCGUCUGAGUUUCGGCACCGCGCCAUCUAAUUACACCAUAACAGCGCCCAAGAAUAGGGGACUUGCAGCCACCACAACUCGUUUUACGCCGGACUCUGACGCCUCCAGCGCAAGUACCGAUGCGGGGGAACAAACAUGGCUAAAUCACCCAUCCAACGGCAUUUCCGCCGCGACACCCGACGCCAAAGCUUCGUGCCAACAGCAAACCUUUCUUUACAGGUCUUCGCAGUCACAGCACCGACGAGCUACGCCCACCAUGCCCGACCGGAAGAUCCAGCUCGUCCGCCUGGCGCACGUCUUCUACAAGCACAAGAACAUUGAAGAAGCUCGUAAAUUUUACGACGACUUUGGCUUUUACGAACUCGAGCGCAAAGGGAACAAGACAUUCUAUCGAGGCUAUGGUACCGAGCCCUUCGUGUUAUGCGCCGAAGAGGCGGAGGAGGACGAGUUCGGAGGUCCGGCCUUCGUUGUGGAGUCUCUGGAAGACCUCGAGUACGCGUCCAAGACAUUGCCAAGCGCAACAGAAAUCCAUGAUCUCAAAGACGUGCCGGGCGGCGGUAAAUGUGUGACGUUCAAAGACCCCGUCGACGGCUGGCCACUGCAUCUGGUGUACAACCAGACGCCAAUUGAGAAGAGGGAUCCAGGAUUUCCGAAUCUCAAGUUCAACUUCCCGGAAGAGAAGCAUCGCGAUGUCAACAAGAAGCAGCGUUUCACCAAGCGCCCGGCACCGGUUCACAAGCUGGGCCACUUUGGCGUGUGUCUGACGAACUUUGACAAGGCAUACGAGUUUUACACUAGCAACUUUAACCUUUACCCAAGUGAGCUCGUCCACGCCCCUGACAAUAAGGACAAGAGCGUUACCGUGUUUUUCCGCUUGGCACGUGGCAAGGAAUUUGUCGACCACCACUGCUUCUUCUUCCUUGAAGGCCCCAAGUUCCACGUCCACCAUUCAUCGUUCGAAACGCACGACUUCGACACCCAGGUGCUGGGCCACGACUGGCUGAGAGAGCAGGGUCACAAGCUUUGUUGGGGCGUAGGCCGCCAUAUAAUGGGAAGUCAAAUCUUUGAUUAUUGGUUCGACCCCUCCGGUUUCAUCAUGGAGCACUACGUUGAUGGGGACCUGCUCGACGACACGGAGAAGACGCACCACACUCCCGCAGCGCCGGAUAAUCUACACAUCUGGGGUGAGUCCAGAGGUGCCUGCGACUUUCCUGGCGUGAUAGCAGACAGAGUCUCACAAUCCAUGGGAUAUUUUGACCGCCUUGCACCACUUCGAAAUAUGAUGGCAUACAUUGGCCCACCCUCGAUUCGGGGAAUCUGCCGCAUCGUUGCGAACAUUGAACAUUGUUGGAGUGCAAAACUCAGAUUCCUACACUUUCUGCCUGCGUCUUACUUGAUCUUGGAGUUUACAAGCUCUGGCUCACCACACGCAGAUACCAAUACAGGAAACAGCCUCGCUCUGGCCGCGCAUCUCUUCGGUGAGGUACUAGCUUUACGUCACUCCAAGGAAGAUGAGACGAGACGGGGAGUGGCUUCGCUGUGGCUUCGCCCCGAUCGACCAGCUGACGAGCGCAGGCCGAUUGUCGAGCUGAGAGCUGGCUAUUUGGGGGUGCCGCGAAGCAUGUCGAAGACCUAUGGCAAUAUCAUCUCGGAAGUAUUGGUCGAUAUCCGACCCUCGGACGAAAUCAAUUUCCAAGCAACUGUCACAUACCCAUUUGACCGACGAACACAUGCCCCUGCACGACGAUGCAAGCUCUUCCCGUUUAGCGUCGCAUUCUCCAUCGGCACUGCCUCCCUUUUGCGGUACCGGUCGCCGGCGCAAUGUCAAGAUUCAACGGCCAAGAGGCCCACGUGUUCGAGCUUAAGCACUUCGACAGGUCUCCUCGCUUCCUGGCUGGCUGAAUGGGCCUACAACAAGGAGGGGCGAUUGACGAGCUGCUGCUAUACUGGGGCGAUGGGGCGCAUCGGCGCAUUUGACAGCCAUUGGUGUGCGGGGGUUAGGGUGAUAUUGCGGUCGAUGAUCAUCUCGCCGCCUGCAGCUCCCAUCGGCCAGCUUCACAUCGCAACCGGGACGUGGUUCGUACAAGAUGUUCCUGAGCGACCCAGGGAAACAUGGUCUUUUGAUUCCGCAUCCUCACGCAUCCCGCCGCAAGCCGUUCGCUCUCCAAUCCACUCCGCACCUCCCUCUCACCCCCGGACAAGGACUACGAGCUACUCCGUGUACCCAUUUCACAUCACGAUGCGCGCUGACACCGCAUUUGUGUUGCUUGCACAGGCUCUCGCCGUCCAGGGCGUGCGGAUCGUCCAGUCCAACGACGACGGGUGGGCAGAGCUCUACGUUGGCUCUUUCAACGAUGCGCUGAAAGCCUCCGGCCAUGACGUCCUUCUCUCGGCACCUGCCGAGAACAAGUCCGGCUCCAGUUCCCUCGACGUUGAGCCGAGCCCGCGCACCAGCGCUUGCCAGUACAACAGCUGCGCAGCCAACAGCGGACCGGUCGGCUUCAAUGAGACCCGUAAGGAUCUCCGCUGGGUCAACUCGUACCCGGUAACAUCCAUGCGAUACGGUAUCGAGCAGUUUGCUCCAGAGCAAUUCAAUGGUGCCGCCGUAGAACUCGCCGUCUCUGGCCCUAACGUCGGCUCCAACCUCUGGCUCCAGGUUCCUUUCUCGGGCACUGUCGGUACCGCUGUCUAUACUUCAGGCACGAAGGGCAUUCCCGCCAUCGCCUUCUCCGGCUCUUCGGAUGGCACUCUCGCGUGGAACACGCAGCCUGUGCCUGGGCGGAGCACGGUAUAUGCCAAGCUCGCGACGCGGCUGGUGGAUAAAAUUGUGAGCGGGGGUGCUCCGUACCUGCCGGAGAAGACAUGGUUAAAUGUCAAUUUCCCGAAGGUCAGCGACACGGAGUGCAACGACCCGGACCAGUUCAAGUGGGUCUUGAGCCGGAUCAACCCGGGACUGCUGUCCGGUCCGGAUGUGAGCACGUGCGGUGACGACGCGAGGUUGCCCGAGGAGAACACGGUUGUCGGUACGGCGGGAUGCUACAUAUCCGUAAGCGUGGGUGAUUCCAACGACAAGACGACGGCGUCCAAGAGAAGCAGCAGCCUGUGCUGGAUCGGUUGUCUGGCUUUUUGUCUUGCCUGCCUUGAAUCGAUUGAGAAAUCCAUGAGUGUUUUGGGCUGCGGGUCGUCGACCGAUCGCUGGGAGGGUUCAGUUGCUUGCUCUCUGAGAGAAGAGUUUCAACAAGACUCGGUAGGCGUCACCUCUGCUCGAUACGGAAGCUUUAUCCCACACACCCGUGAUUACACUAACGAUCCAGAACGGGAUAUGCUCACAUCGGGCACGGAGACGAUGUCUAGUACAACCGCUCAGUCUACUAUUUAUCAUCCUAUCGCCGCAGUCGCCCUUGAGCAUGAGCUACCUCCUUUUUACGGUGUGGAUCACCGUCCUCCUGGAUCUCUUCCUGGAUUCAUGCCCUGCUGCUCUCUGACUUUGUUCAAGCUUCAAAUCAGCGGAACAUUCCUACCUGUAUGGAAUGAGCCCGCAAGAGAUGGGCUUGGUGGAUAUCGCCUCUGCGCCUUUACUAGUCAGAGGGACAUGGCCGUGGCUGGCCGCUACAUUUACUACAAAUUUGAUUUCAAGUUAGUGAGAAGUGUUGACUGCCUUCCGACCGCUAUUGUUGGUGGUUAUGAUUCCUGCUUGUCCUUCUUCACAAGUCUGGGCGGCGGUACGCAUCCUUUUAUACUGAAUCUGAGGCCCACUUUGGCUACUAUGAUCACAACCCGGGGGCUAGUGCCACUCAUUGAGACCCGUGCCCUUACGAACGCUGUGUGA